CCAGGAGUCCACUCAAAUGACUUUAUUCCUGAGAAACUCCUCCCUCAUUUCUGCAUGAAUGUUCCAAGUUUAUUUCACUUCUUAUGGAAUGUCCAAACAUCCUUAUGGAGACCCUGGAUUCUGAGGAAGAGGGAACUUUCUCUGCCCAGAGCACCCUUCCUUCAGGCAGCAGGAAAGAAGAACUCUCCCAAUCUCCUUCAACUCCCUGAGGCAGAUUUAAGAGAACAGUUUGUAAGAGGUGAUGGCCCAGGAGGCCAAGCCACAAAUAAGACGAACAACUGUGUUGUCUUGAAGCACAUUCCAUCAGGGAUUGUAGUGAAGUGCCAUCAAACAAGAUCAGUGGAGCAGAACCGAAAGAUUGCCAGAGAAAUCCUGCAGGAAAAAGUUGACCUUUUCUACAGAGGUGAAGACAGUGAGGUUUUUAAAGAGAAGAAAGCAUCAGAGAAGAAAAAGCAAGAGAGAAAAAGAAGAGCAAGGGAAAACCUAGAAAGGAAGAGGCAUUUUAAAGAGAUGCAACAACUGGGGCAGCAGCCUCACCAGCUGCCACCACGUUCUGACCUUGACCAGUGAAGGGAGCUUCAAGAACCAAAACAAAAAAUAUAUUUGGGAAACAAGGCAGAAAAUCAGCAGCAGCAACACUGCCUUCAGCCAGAGAUCAGCUGCAUCUGGACUGUGCCUGGGAUGGAAAGUCCAGCAGGUUCCCUCCCUUGUCUGUUCCUGAUCUUCAGCCUCCUGCAUGACAGUUAAAUCUUGUUCUGUUGAGAAUUCUUGCUCAUGAAGUGUGAAUCUGAUUAAAGGGACUGUCCAUAGUUUUAAUACAAAUUGUUAAUGAAAAUAAGCUUUAUUACAUCAGGUAAUAAAUACAUACAAAGAUGCAAAUAACAGUUUUAGUAAUUUAUCCAGAAUUGUCUUGGUUUUCUUUUUUUUUUUCUUUUUUUUUUUUUUCUUUUUUUUGCAAACUUUAAACUGAAAUCUCCAGCCUUAAUGUAGAAAUUAGCUUUCCAGGACCUUGUUAUUAUUUCAUAGGUUUCCCUAUUUUCCAUAUAACUCAUGCACUUUAAAUGGACUUCAAAGCACUAACAGUCAUGCAAAUGUUUAUGCAAAAUGAACAAGAAAGGAAAAAUAAGAGGAGGGGGAAGGUUAUUUCUAAGCAGGGUCUAUGCUGUAUGACAAACUGUGACUUAGCAGACUACUAGGUACAGCAUGCUAUUCUGCAUUUAUUUAAAAAAAAAAUUCCUUAGAGCUUAUGUCAAACUUUGAGAGAGAUUGAGAGUUUGGGGUUAAGUGAAUAUAGUGAAAGGAAAAAAAACAGAAUGAAAUUGUGGCUGGAUAAGAAGAAAACUCAAAUAUAGCCCAAGAGAGAAGGAGCAUUCCUCUGCAUGCAGUUCAGUUUUCAUGUUUUAUAAACAUUUUAGGGAGUUUUAACCUCUUUACAAAAUGCAAACCCUCAGGUGAAAAAUGCUUUGUUUUCUCUUUCUUAACUAUACAUUUUUGUCAGGGCAAAACCAGAAAGGCAAAACAUUCAAAAUAAAAGAAAUUUGUCUGAAUGUUUCAAGAGU